CACAAAAAUUACGUAGAAUUGAUGAUAAAUGUAUUAAAAAUUUAAUUAAUAUGCUUAAAAAAUAUAAUUUAUUAGAUGCUGUUAAUACUAUUAAUUUAGAUUUUACAAGUAUAAAUUGUACUUCUAUCUGGGAAUCAAUUAAUGGCUUUCCGAAUUUAGAAGAAAUAAGUUUAAGAGGUUGUUCUUGUUUAUCCCUUCGUGAAUUAGGAACCGCUUUAACAUGGUUUGAACCUUUUCAACCUAUAUUAAAAUUAAAUAAAUUAAGGGUACUUUGGUGUAAGGAUAUGGAUACGAGAUCACUUAUGUCUCAAAAUCUAAAUAUUGAUUCUGGAGUUUCUUAUUAUAAAUUUGUUUAUGUGGAACUUAGUAGAGCCUUAAAAACGUUAAAUACUGAAAAUUCUAUUCAACUUGAUAUCGAUCUUUGUAAGAAAUGUAGAGAAAAUAUAACAUUUACUAUGGAAUGUGGGAACUGUCUUAUACAAAAUAAUUUUUGUAUGAGUUGUGAUUUAGAUAAAGGAUGUUUAGAAUGUUACACUUUUUAUUGUAAUGAAGAAAAAUGUUUAAAUUCUUCAAAUAGAAUAAUUAAAGAAUGUGAUAUUUGUCAUGUUGAUGCAUUAAUUUGUAAUUCAUGUCCUCAAAAAUCUUGUUAUAAAUGUAAGGUAUUCUCUUGUAGAAGGUGUCAACAAACUACUGAAAGAUGUAAAGAUUGUGAUCAUUAUUUUUGUAGACAAAUUUGUAAGCAUUAUUGUACUAAAAAAACUUAUUUUCUAUCGUAAAAGAAAAAAAAGAAAAAGAAAAAGAAAAUGGGAUUUUAAGAAAAU